GAUUUAAAACUCUUGAAACUAAUUCAGUGUUUGAGUAUAGUGUUUGAGUAUAAGGAGAUUCCGGGUUUGAAUCGACAAUUUUUUUGUUUUUCUGGAAUUCCACCCGACAUGAACACAAUCCAAAAGCAGAAUUGACACCCGACUGCUUCCUCCCUCCCUCGUCCAAUCUAAUGAAACCCCCGAUUACUGCUGCUACCCACCACAGUGAAAGAGCCCAGUCAAAUUACCUAUCUGCUCUGAUAUUUCCCCCAAUUUCUUGUUAUCCAUUCAAAUUCAGUUACGAGAUUCCCUGGUUGCAUAUGGUGACGCCCAAGGCAUGUUCCUAGUUUAGACUCGCGUUCCCUGUCUUCCACAUCAUUAAUUAGUUGGUUGUGCUAGCGGUGAUGGAAGAAGGUGCUGAAGACGUAGUGAUUGUUGGUGCUGGUAUUGCUGGCCUCGCAACCUCCCUCGGACUUCACAGAUUGGGUAUUCGGAGCUUGGUAUUGGAAUCUGCAGACACCUUGAGAGCUGAAGGAUACGCCCUUGCGUUGUGGACUAAUGCUUGGAAGGCAUUAGAUGCCAUAGGUGUUGGGGACCUUCUCCGUCAAAAGCAUGAGCAGCUCGAUAGACUAGUGAUCACAUCAUUGGUUUCUGGGCAGCCAAUUGCAGAGCUACCUAUCGAGGAGCCUAAUGAAGUUCGGCGCAUCAAUAGAAAAGUGCUGAUCGAAACCUUAAGAGAUCAACUCCCCCACAGAACCAUCAGAUAUUCAUCCAAAGUUGUGCAAAUAAAGGAGUCUGGCUUGUUCAAGUCAAUUAAUCUAGCAGAUGGAACCCUUGUUAAGGCUAAGGUUUUGAUUGGAUGUGAUGGAGUAAAUUCGGUGGUGGCAAAAUAUCUUGGCUUCAGUGAGGCAUCAGAGGCAGGACGAGCAUCCAUACGGGGCUAUGUAGAAUGCAAGGAUGGGCAUGGUUUGGGGUCUAGCUUCUUGCAGUUCUUCGGAAAUGGCGUCAGAUAUGGGGUCAGUCCAUGCGACCACCUGGGCGUCUACUGGUUUUUCACAUACAUACCCUCCUCUGACUCUCCGGGAGGCAUGAGAGAAGACCCAAGUAAGAUGAAACAAUUUGUCCUUAGCAAGCUUGGAAAUGUGGCCCCACAAGUGAAGGACAUCUUCAGGAAAACAGAUGCAAAGAGCAUGAUAUGGUCCCAAUUGAGAUACAGACAUCCCUGGGAGUUGCUGCUGCGAGGAUGCAUCAGUAAAGGAAACGUGGCAGUUGCAGGCGACGCACUGCACCCCAUGACACCUGAGAUUGGGCAAGGUGGGUGCUCUGCCCUGGAGGAUGCUGUGGUUUUAGCCCGGGUUUUAGGUGAAGCACUGAAAGGAAGGAGUGGGAGUGAGAGGGGAUUGGAGUUGGAGUUGGAGAAGUACGCGAAGCAGAGGAGAUGGAGAAGCAUCCAGCUGGUAAGUGUGGCUUAUGCUGUAGGGUUCAUACAGCUGCAGCAGAGCAAUUGGAUGGGGAUAGGGAUGUUGACGAGAGACAACAAGAUCAUGGGCAGAUUCUUGGCUGCCCUGUUGCUGCGGAUGUCUAAAUUUGACUGCGGAUGUCUCGUCUCGUCUCUGCUGAAUGAAUGAAUCAACAAUGACAAUGGUACUUAUAAAUACUGAUAAUACUCCCUACUAAAUAUCAUGAGUGAGUGAGUAUGACAUUACAGAAAUUGCUUUGUGUCUUGUAUUGCCUGUCUCAUAUUGAAACUGCUGUGUAUAUAUUAAUUGAAUUAUGUAAGACAGACUACAUAUAUUAGUCAAAUCUACACUAAACUAGGCCA